CACGGCGUAUAGGACAAACAAGGGGCUUCUUCCCGUGUGUAGGUCGGACUACAUAGCUCGGCGCACCGUGACGUAACUUCCGUUUUCCUCCACUCCCUUUGCAUCCCGCAAUCCGGGGCCACUUGGUUCAUCCGGGCCAUUAAGUCGGCGGUGAUCUAGCGCGCUCGCCCUCGGGACGGGGUAUCACCGGAUGAAUGAUGUCUGCACAGGCCCAGAUGAGAGCCCUGCUCGACCAGCUGAUGGGCACCGCCCGCGAUGGUAAGUGGCAAUCCGACAGAUCACCAUUGUAUGUAGCUGGGCCUGUGGCCUUCACUUCCUCCUCACGCGGCCAUAGCAGCCUUUAUGUGCGCUCUGUGCAUUGUAUCGCUGGGCUGGAGGCGCCUGCUCGCCAUUACAGGACUGCUUACACAUUGCUUACACGGUUUAUUUUAUUUCUAAAAAAAAAUAUUUAUAUCUGGUCGUCGUUAUGACUGCCAUCGAGAAAUAUUUUUUUAUCUAUAAGAGCUUUUGAGUGCGCAGGUGUUUUUAUUUAUUUUUCUUUAUAAGACGUUAAAUUGUUACACACAUACACACACCUAUAAACACAGCAUCCCCCCAAACACACAGAAACACCGCAUCCUCUCCCCCCCCCCACCCAAACACACAGAAACACAGCAUCCUCCCCAAAACACAGAAACACAGCAUCCUCCCCAAACACACAGAAACACAGCAUCCCUCCCAAACACACAGAAACACAGCAUCCUCCCCCCAAACACACAGAAACACAGCAUCCUCCCCAAACACAGAAACACAGCACCCCAAACACACACACAUUCAAACACAGAGUACCCCAAGCAGCACACACACAUACAAACACAGUACCCCAAACACACAUACAAACAGUACCCCCAAAACACACACACAUACAAACACAGUACCCCCCAAACACACACACACACACACACACAGUACCCCCAAAACACACACCCACAUACAAACACAGUACCCCCAAACACACGACAUACAAACACAGUACCCCCAAACACACACAUACAAACACAGUACCCCCCCCAAACACACACACACACAAACACAGUACCCACACACACAAACACAGUACCCACACACACACACAAACACAGUACCCACACACACACACAAACACAGUACCCACACACACAUAAACACAGUACCCACACACACACACACAUACAAACACAGUACCCCCCAAACACACACACCCCACACACACACACACAUACACAUACACAGUACCCCCACACACAUACACGAGUACCCCCACACACACAUACAAACACAGUACCCCACACACACACAUACACAAUUACCCCCACACACACACACACACACAGGUACCCCCCCAAACACACACACACAGUACCCCCAAACACACACAUACAAACACAGUACCCUCACAAACACAGUACCCCCCCCAACACACACACACACACACAAUAAUUUUAACUCAUCAAUAUCCGUAUCAAUAGUUAUGAUAUGGCAUUUUAAUUUUAGGGAGCAUGGAAUAAACUGAUGGUAAUAUUUCAAAUAGAUGUUAUAAUAAGUAUAUAAAUAAUGUUGUACAUAUUAAUAGUAAUAAUAACGAUAUUCAGUGAACAAUGAAUCGGGAUUGCAAAGUAAUUAAUCUUAAUUUGAGUCUUUGUUUUCUGGUAUGUAAAAGAAUUUUGUGAAGGAUUUUUGUGGUGAGCUUUGCUUAGUUAACAAUGACAGACUUGUACUGGAAGUUUUACUUUGUAAAACUUGUAAUCCACUGAAUAGCUUCUCCCCAUUGUACAGUGCUAUGGAAUUUCCUGGCGCUAUAUAAAUGUAAUAAUAAUCAAGCCAUAGUGCCCUUUAGACAUACAUAAACAGUUAAUCGCUGUGCAAUAUUUCUAUGAGUAAUGUGCCGGUGUGUUUUGUGGAAAUUAGUAGCCCUAUAUUUCUUAACAGCAAUCCAUAAUGUUUGUAACUGUAAAAUUGAUACUCUUCUGUAUUCAAAUACAUUUUUUUUAUUCUCUGAAGCAUUUUAUUAGUUUGCCCAUGACCUAAGUGCGUUUUAAUUUCAGCUACUUUGGCCAAAAAAAAUUAAAAUGUAUUUUGUUUCCAACAAUUUGCAGUUUAGUGUGUAACACUGCAUAUAUUUACUGUUUUCAAUAUAGUGCACAAACUAGAGCCCUGGCACUAAAUUGGAGUGCUAAAUCCACCUUAUUUUCUUACAAAAACAGCAACAAAAAGUAAAACUAUCCCACCCACACAUUACAAUGAUUUCUAAAUAAAAAAAGCAAUGUAUGUACGCCAACCCGAGACUGUAUUUAAUCUGAUGCUUUUCACUUACUUUAUAUUGUUCAGUUAUUACACUUUCACUAUUUUACCUUGGUUAUUAUUAUUAUUAUUUCAACUUAUAUAGUGCCAACAGAUUCUGUAGAGCUUUACGAUAUUAUAAUGGGGGAGGGGGUUUGGCUAUAAAUAGGACAAUUUCAAGAAAACUUACAGGAAUGAAAGGUUGAAGAGGACCAUGCUCAAACAAGCUUACAGUCUAAAAUACAAUAGGACAGGGAAUAGCAAUCAAAAUAGGUGGGAGUGUAGAGUGCUUCCCUUCAGGGGAUAGCAAAUGUGAGGUAAAGGAUACUCUGGGAGGCCAUUAGCUUUCCUAAAAAGAUGGGUUUUAAGGUACUUCUUAAAUGAUUGAAGACUAGGGGAGAGGCUGUUUCAUAGGAAGGGAGCCGCCCGCGAGAAGUCCUGCAAGCAUGAGUUGGCUGUCCGGGUGCGUGCAGUGGACAGAAGAAGUGGGGAGAGACCGAGAAAGGGGGAAUACCUAUGGAUCUAUGAAGAGAUUUAAGAGGGGCUAGAAUUGGUCAAUGCUUUAAAGGUAUGGGUUAGCAUUUUCAAUUGACUCAAUGUAAGGACUGACAAAGGGGUGAGAUGUGAGAGGACCGACUAGAGAGGAAAAUCAGUCUGGCGGCAGCAUUCAUUACAGAUUGUAGCGGGGCAAUACGUUUUUUGGGAAGAUCAAUUAGGAGAGGGUUAAAAUAAUCCAUGCAGGAAAUUACUAAAGCAUGGACAAGCUCUUUGGUAGCAUCUUGCGUAAGAAAGGGGCGGAUGCAGGCUAUGUUUUUAAGAUGUAACAUGCUGGAUGUGAGGCUAGAAUCAAAUAUGACACCAAGACAGCGUGCUUGCAAGGAUGGACUGAUUUGGAUACCCCUGACUUGAAGAAAGCAAAAUAAGAGGAUUAGGAGGAGGAAAGACAAUGAGUUCAGUUUUAGAGAGAUUUAAUUUUAGAAAGUGGGAGGUCAUCCAGUCAGAGAUCGAGGAAAGGAAAGCAGUGACACGUUGCAGGACGGCGGGAGGAGAGAGAUAGCUGGGUGUCAUCAGCAUACAGAUGGUAGUGGAAUCCAAAUGAGGCAAUAUGUUUGCCAAGAGAGGCGGUAUAAAGAGAAAAUAGAAGUGGACCAAGGACAGAGCCUUGGGGGCCUCCAACAGAGACAGGAUGAAUGGAGAAGGUAUCAGAAAAGGAGACACUGAGUGAACGUUGGGAGAGAUAGGAGGAAAACCAAGAGAAGACAUUGUCACAGAGACAGUGAUUGAAGAGUUUGAAGAAGGAGAGCAUGAUCAACGGUGUCAAAGGCAGCAGAGAGGUCAAGAAGUAUUAGUAUGGAGUAGUUGCCUUUGAAUUUAGCUGCGAUUGUCAUUAGUAACUUUGAAAUAGCAGUCUCAGUGUGAAGGGGGUGGAAGCCAGAUUGAAGAGGGUAGAGGAGAGAGUUGGAAUUGAGGAAGUGAGACAUACGGGUAAAGACAAGUCUUUCCAGAAGCUUUGAGGAAAAAGGGAGCAGGGAUAUGGGACGAUAGUUCAAGAUAGGUACUACAGUAGCAUGUUUAAGGUCAGCAGGGACAAUGCCAGAAAAGAGCAGUUGAAGAUGUGUGUUAAGGCACAAGACAAGGGGAGAGACAUCUGAUAAGGUGAGAUGGGACAGGAUCAAGCGGGCAAGUGGUGGGGUGAGAGAAAAGAAGCGCAGCCACCUCUUGUUCACUAGACGGGGAGAAAGUUUGAAGGGUAGGAAAGGCAUGAUCUAUGUGUGGUUGAGAAAGGCAGAGUGGGGAGAAUUCUUUUCUUAGCUGUUCAACCUUGUCAGUAAAGCAUGCAAAGCUCUCGGCUGUAAGGUUCGUUUGAGGGAAUAGUAGUUAAAGGAACAUUUCCAUAACAUCUUUAGCUUAUGGAGGUUAUGGGGGGCAGGAGUGUUUAAGUAUUGUCUUACCUUUAGGGGUUAAACUGUUUUUCCAGUUGGUUCCCUAGGUUGGCAUCUGAUACCACUAGCCCUCACUGCCUUCCUCCAGCCACUGCAGUAUGAAGAUGUUGCUGUGUAGCUGGUGAUAGUAUUAACCUAUGACUGGCCAAUCACUAAGGGAACUAGUGCAUAAGAUUUAUUUAAAUAGGUGGCCUUUGGUAGGCUGAGAGUGUCAGAUGAUGCUCUGUCUCUGUAAGUAAUAUCCUUCUACGAUAUUGGUGUUGAACGCUGGAGGUCAAACUUUAGGAUUAAACCAUUGGAAACUGGUUUAAACCUUGAAGAUAAGAUAGUGCCUGUUUUUCUUAAGGCUGCAGUAUGCUUUAUAAAAUAAUUGUUCAUCCUUUAAUAUAGUUAUUCUGAAAUAGUGCAACAAUCCAGGGUUCACUGCUCUCAAAUGCUCCAACAUUUUGAUCUAUAACUGCACGUUUUGCAAACUCUUGAAGACUGUUUAUGUUUAGAAAGGUUGAGCCAUAGCAUUGUUACCUUGUUGCACUUUGAAUCAAGAAGUAAAAAACUGAGACCGGAUAAAUAUGUCAGUCAAAGCUGGUGGUCAGAAUUUUAGUCUCUAGCCUCUAAAAGUUGCUUUGGUUGUGUGGAUUCAUAGCAUAAAUUUUUUUUAUUUUUUUUUUAAAUCAACCACUUUGUUUGAUCUCAUCAAUAUAAUAGGAAGGUUUAGUUUAUUUACAGAUGUUGAAAUUAAGUACACAAGUCAUGUUAUGACUGACGGCAUACCUAAUGAAAUCAAUCUUGUGUAGGAUUUUCCAUACCGAAAUAUUUGGAGAGCAUGGGGUUUCUCUUAAGUUAGAAAUCAAGACACGCCCCUUAUAUUCAAAUAACCUUGUUUAAAGCAGUGUGGAAAAACAGCUCUGCACGCGUGACAUCAAUUAUUUAGAUGCAAAAUGGACUAUUACACUACUACUCUAGUGUAAAAUCAGGAAGAUGAGGCUCCAAAUGGAUAAAUGAAAUCCAGAAUUGAAAAAUAUCUUUUCUGCAGAGAUACAGAAUAUGAUCAGCCUUUGUGCAAACUGCAUAUAGCUAUUCUGCCUUGAUUCAGUUUUAAAGUGUCAUUAUAGUCACCAGAUUCACUACAGUUUAAUAUAGCAUGUCUCUGCACACAUUUUAAUGUAAACAAUGCCUUUUCAGAAAAAAAGGUUUACUUUACUGCAUAGGAACACUUCUAGUGGUAGUCACUCAGACAGUGACUAGAGGUUUCUUCCUAGUCCAGUGCCUCCAUGCAGAGUAUAUCGCAGAGUAUAUCUGUGCUCUGCAUGGUGGCACUGAACUUCCGCAUAGAGAUGCAUUGAUUCAAUGCAUCUCUAUGAAGAGAUACUGAUUGGUGCAGUGUGUCGUUUUGGUGCGCAUACGCAAUAGCCUCCCAAUGCUUUCCUUUUGGGAAAGAGAUCAUAAAGUUUGAUCUCAGCCAUGGAGGUGGAGCCAGCUGCGGCAAGACCAGCAUAGGAAAAAAGGGUAUGAUUAAAGGACCACUAUAGUGCCAGGAAAAUAUACUCCUUUUCCUGGCACUAUAGCGCCCUGAGGGUGCCCCCACCCUCAGGGUCCCACUCCCGUGGUGCUGAAGGGGGAGGAAGGGGUUAAUCCCUCUUUUCCAGCUCCCUCUUCUAACGUCCCUGGCUGAAUGCGCAUGCCUCUAGCGGCUGUCAAUGAGACAGCCACUAGAGGCUGGAUUAACCCAUAGGUAACAUAGCAGUUUCUCUGAAACUGCUAUGUUUACAGCAAAAAGGGUUAAACUUAGCUGGACCUGGCACCCAGACCACCUCAUUAAGCUGAAGUGGUCUUGGUGCCUAUAGUGGUCCUUUAAACGUGUUUUUUUUUUUGUUUUUUUUUUACGGUGAUCUGAGGGGAGCCGGGGACCUAAAUAGUUUAAUACUAUAGUGUCAAUAAUACAUGUUUGUGUUCCUGACACUGUAGAUUAUAGAUUUAAGAUUGGUAAUGUGAAUUGUGGUGAGUUUGCAUUAAUUUGCCCCCUUAUUACCAGUUAUUGUUUGAAUGACACAGUUUAGUGUUAAUUACUAGGAUUAUCUUUUUGUUGUUGCACUAAGGUGUGUUUUUGUGGUUAUGAAUAACUGUAGCAAUGUAAUGAUUCAUAUAAGGCAUGUAUUUCAGUCUGUUUGGGAUUAAUUCAUAUUAGCCUUGUGACAAUACAGUUUCUAGAUCUUAAAAUAAUAGAUUAUCUUGUUGGUGAAGUUCACAGAAUGAAUACAUAGUAGAAACAUCUUCAGAAACUGAAUGGUCCUGCACAUUAUCAUGCACUUGUAUCUUUAUAGAUUAUAACCAGCACCCUAUUGAAUCAGUCGGAACAAAAUCAGACUGCGUUAGAGGUAAAAGUUGGGUCAUAACCAGUGUUACAAAGGUGUACAUUACCAAUUGUCCACUAAGUGUCUAUAUAACCUGUAAUACAUUUGCAAAUUUAUAACACUUGUGCUAAUAAGGAUCUCAAUAGAUGGCAUAUACACUAGGUCUUGAUCCAGCAGCUCCUAUAUUUUCACAAGCAUUGCAAAUUGGAUUCCGCAGCACUAGAGUGCAUUGGAGAAAAGUAUGAAACACUCUUACCUCUGAAGCACCUGUGGGUCCAGGCACCAGCAUCCUCCCACAAUCCUUUGUAGAAAGUGCCAUAUGAGCAAAUGACUCUCAUUCCACAGUGCUGUAUGAAUACUUGUGCCCUCAGUGCACUGUACUAUGGGGGUCAAGUUCUUCUGCAUCGUAUACUUUGGCUAUUGGAGGACAUGUUGGCAUAUGUUGUUGGUUUGUUUUAUAAAAAGUCUCUUGUGAGAGUAUAAUACAAUAAUAAUAAAAAAAUAAUCAGGUGGGUAUUCAUAUUUACUUUCAUUUUUUUUUUUUGCAAUAUUGUGCCCCUCUUCUAGUCACCUUUUAAUCCCACCAAUCUAAUAUCUUCCUCUCAUUAUAGCUAUUGUUUUAACUUCCCUUUAUAAUUCUGUACCUUCUCACAUUUAUGUUGACUAGUGAGACUGCUAACUGCAUGUGACACCGUCAUGGUGUAUACAAUACAAAAAAAAAAGUUUGCUUGUGCUUUAUCAGGGAAUUAUGGUGUCACAGGUCUGUAGUGAUAUGUGCAAUAGUUUUGACAUAUCUUGAGAUGACAUCUUUGGAAUACAGGGUAAUAUGUGGUUGACAUGGGCGGGUGUAGAUUAGCUUUUGGGAACCCUAAUAGUUACAUUACUGAUUUCUUAUAUAGAUGUUUAAUUUUUAAUAGUUUAUUACUUUUAGCUGUUUUAUGUUGCAUCUCAUAUUUCAUGCAAACUGAACAAUUGCGGCUCCUUUAUUUCAUUUAUUAAGGUUCAAUGUAUCUUUGCCUGCCUACAUCUGCACUGGAGUUGCAGAAAAGCCUCGCUCGUCGAGCCGUGAGUCACAAUUCAUUUUUAACGCUGUUGUAAUAAAAAUUUGUUAUUCACAACUACUUGCAUAGCUGUGAGAAAUAGUCCAAAUGCUUGCAAUUUUAUUCACAGCUGUUGUAAAUAUACUCUUGUUGAGCUCAAAAGUUAAGUAUCUAUGUAUGUCUGCUUCAUGCCUCCUAAUUUUCUCCUAUAUAUUUUUUUUUUUAUUGAUCUCCCUAUCUGAUUCGAGUCAAAAUUUCCAAGCCAUAUAUAGGAUGAUGGCCAUUGGUUUAUCCCAAAAAUGGCAAAGUAGUUGCAACACCUUCCUCACAGCAGCAACUUGAAAUACGUAAUUUUCCAUGGUACGGUAUAGAAUUUGGCUUCUUAGGUUACGUUUGUUUUAAUUUUUACUUACUCUUAACUGUGCUGUUGGAUUUCUGAAAAUGUGUGUGGUUUCAUAAUUUACAAAAUGUCCACGAGUUACUAAAUUACAUUUAGACUCAAUAUAAAUAGGGCAACUUUCCCAGUGUUUAGCAAACAAAUACAUUUACAAGUUCUCACUUACAGUAUUUUAUGCAACCAUUUAACUUUGUUCCCUGUCACCAAUUGCCAUUGGUUUUCUUUGUGGAACUUUAAUUGGUUCUGAUUUGUUUCAGAAUUUGAUGUGUAUUUCUGCAUUAGACAAUACACGUUUUAAUGUUUACGUGUUCUGUAUUAAGCUUCUUGGAUCAUUCCUAGCUUAAAAAAAUAAAUAAAUAAAAAUUCUUCCACCCUGUAGUCACGUGUAUAACAUGUAUUUUAUCCGAGAUGUGGUCAAACCACGUGUUACUACUAAAUUUAUUUAGUGGAUAACUAGUAUUAUUGCUACAGUUAUCCAAUAAACACAUCUCAGCUGUUUCUUUUACUGUGCAGUUCAGGUUUUAUCCUUUCCAGCUAUCAUUUAUAUAUUUCCUGGGACCGGUUGACCUAAAGGUUUCUAGGGGUUAGUACGUGAAGAUGGGUUCCUUGAGGAUAAAACCAGUAUUACCACUUUAAUAGAAAGUUGUACAGCGACCAAUGAGUCAGUUGAAAGUAUUUUAUGUGGAGCAAUGCAGCCAUGUGCAUGACCUCAGCGGAUAAACAGAAAGACAAGUUUAUUAUAAAUUGAAAAGCAAUGGCUGAAACACGAUAAGGUUUGCAUUUAAAAAGGUAAGAAGAUCAACUAUGGCAGCGAUGACGCAACUUGUUUCCUCACGAAUUAUAAGAUUGUAGCACAGGUGUUUUUUUUUUGGGGGUUCAGGGUCUUAUGGCAUUAAUAUAACCUUUAACUUGUGUGUAUCCUGAAUAUCUUAACAUUAACAAUCUAUUUUUAUGAUGCUCAUUCUUUCAAACUCCCCACCUAAAGCAUCAGUUUAAAGUGCAAGUUUGUUAAAUAGACUUGUUUCGUUGUUUUCUUCAUUGCUUAAUUUCUUGUUUCUGUAAUGAAGAGCCACCCUACUCCAAGUAGUCAAACCAGACAUAGAAACCAAAAACUUUACUUGGCAUAAAGAACACCACCAAAAUGAUUCCAUGUGCUCUUAAGCCUUUAAAGAGGAACUGUCACUUUUAUAACUGAUGUUUUAUAGUUGUGGCAAUUCAGUAAGAAUUUGUCUUAAUGUUUUUUUUUGUUUUUUUUUAUAAUUUAAAAGGACACUAUAGUUACCCAGACCACUUCAGCUCAAUGAAGUGGUCUGGGUGCCAGGUCCCUCGGGUCUUAACCCUGCAGAUGCAAACCUAGCAGUUUCAGAGAAACUGCUAUGUUUACAUUGCAGGGUUAAGCCAACCUCUAGUGGCUGUCUUCCGGACAGCCACUAGAGGCGCAUCUGCGACGCUGGGGGCAUAUUAUGCCUCCAUCAUGCAGAGCGUCCAUAGGAAAGCAUUGAGAAAUGCUUUCCUAUGGACACUUUGAAUGCGCGCGCAUGCGGCUCCGCUGACGGCGGUGGAGGGAAUAAGGUAAGCUGCUGAAGGGCACUAUAGUGUCAGGAAAACCACUGUUUUCCUGACACUAGUGAUCCUUUAAAUAUAUAGUUACUUGACAUUUCUAUAGAUUCUCGGUGCCCAGGGUUAAAGGUAAUGGGGCAGAUGUCUUCCUUGUGCUGUAAGUUUGGGUGUCAUGCUGGGUUGUAGAGGGAGUCCCGAAACCAUCUCUUGUGUCAGCUAAUGCAUAGGCAACUUAUGAGGCUAAGGGGAAAUCAGAGCUACCGUUUUUCCAAUUUUUGCAUCCCCUUGGCAAAUUAGUCCAUAGCUAUGUGGAGCAUUGAUACAGGUUUAUAAUUUGCAAAUAUUUGAUGCAAUAUACAUUUGGUGUUUUAGUCAUCUGGGUAAAAGUGCCCUGAUAGACUAUCUGUAGUGCAAAAGAGAGGAUGUAUGUAUUUCUGAUGGGAGUAAAACUGAUUGUAGUAUUGAGUGAAACCCAACUAAAAGGCCACCAUUACUAUGUUAAAUAUAUUUACUAUUGGCAUUUCUGUAGCACCAAAACCCAACAAAUAAUUGACAUAAAAAUUUUGUCAGACGAGGUAAAGAAAACCCUUCAAGUUUAUAAUCAGAGAUAUGACAUAUAAUGUAUUCUGAAAUCUACUUAUCGCAGGUGUGACAGAUUCUCUUUAAGAGACAUUUCAAGCACCACACCUCUAAGAACACAUUCAAUGUAAUGGAAUAUUGUGCAAAAAUAUAUUGAUGUCUUAUUGUGUUUUUUUGUUUUUUUUUUGCAUGAUGUCAAACGCAUGGAUUUAGCAGUUUUUUAUUUAUUUUUUUUGUUUUCCUAGUAGCUAAAAACCAUUUUUUUUUGUUUUCUAUAUACCAAGAUGGAAUAUGCAAUACAAGCAUUUUGUGAAGACACUGCAUUCAGGAAAUGGCAGUUUAAUACAACAUUUUGUCCAAACCUCAUAAAUAUGUCUAAUUUUACAUGUAAUAUUUCAAUGUAUUUGUUGGGGGAGGAUUUAAGUUCUUUGAAUUAGUUUUUCUUCAUUCUUCCUUACAGUGCCAUCAGCAUUUUACUAAACUGCAGAGUAAUGUAAUUGGUGUCCUGCAAAUGUGAAGGUUUAUAUUAUCGUUAUAGUGGGGGUGAGUAAGUGGCCUACUGACAUGGACACACUCCUCAGAUCUUGGAGACAUUAGAACUGCUUUUUGCUUAAAAGGCUAGAUCAGUCUUACAGUGCUGUUUCAUUUAAUGCUACUUCUUAGUAACUAUAUUCAGCUUGGAUUUAUGUGCAAAGCCCGUUAGACUGUAUUUUAUACCUUAAUUGAUUAGAAAGUAACAUUCAAGUGCUAUACAAAUGCGUGUAGCAUUUUAAAGCCCUACCAGUUAGGACAGGGGUUCCCAACAGAGUCCUCAAGUACCCCCUAACAGUCAAGGAUUUAGAGAUUAUCCUAUUGUGUCUAAAGUGUUUUUAAACUUUUUUUUAUUCUUUCUAAAAACACGUUGGACACAACUGGGUAAUCCCUAAGUCCUGGACUGUUAGGGGGUACUUGAAGACUCUGUUAGGAACCACUGCGUUAGGGUAAAGUGUUUAAUAGUUUUAAUUUUAGGAUUUAAAAAAAAAAAUUAAAAAAAAAUUUAAGCAUGCCUUUUAACAAAUGCCUGUUUUGUUUUUGUUGAAAUUCAGAAGCACUCUUAACACAAUUUUUUGAGAAUUAUGGUUGUUGUUGCAAGACAAGUAUUUUUCUUGUAAAUAAACGUAAAUAUUUUUUAUGGGCUGUAUAAACUUUCCAAACUACUACUAGUGUGUUAAUGGUUGGAUACUGUGUAAAACUUCUGGUUUUUGUUUUUUAGGUGAUGAAACUCGGCAGCGGGUGAAGUAUACUGAUGAUCGCGUCUGCAAAAGUCAUCUGUUGGAUUGUUGCCCCCAUGACAUUCUUGCUGGAACGGUAAUUAUUAAAUUUGAUUUAAUUCACAAAAAUUGGGAUAUAUUGAUAUACUUGUUCCCUUAUCAUUCUCCUCCCCCCACAAUCCUAUCCAGUGGUUUUUAACAUUUGCCUGGGCAUUACAUGUGUCAUCUCUGAUGUCUACUCUGAACAGUUGGGUUGAGUUAGGCUUCCAAUGUUUCUUGUAGCUUGUUCUCUAGUGAAGGACACGGAAUGUGAUCCCAAACUGCAGUGUUUGCCACCCUAAAGCUAUUCCUAUCAACUAAAAGAAGCUCAAUUCUAUAUGCCUCUACUUCCCACUGAUGUCGUGAGAUUUAGUCCUGGAGCCCCCAGAUUUUCUCACCAGUGGCAAGAGGAAUGGCAAAGUAUGAAGUGACAAGAGAAUUGUGCUUUGUAAUAAAAAAAACAAAAGUAACCCUUCCACUUCCGUUUUACUGCCUAGUUGGGCAGAAGAUUAUGUAUUUUAUACCUGGAUUUUUCCAAAACUCUCGGGUGAGUCCACUACUGCACCUACCCAGAAAAUGUAUCCAAAACAGGAUAAAGAACACCAUGUGAUCAUUUUAAAUGUCCUGGGUUGGUAACAUUGCUUACUCUACAAUUGUUUAUGUAUCUCAUUUUGAUAACAUUGCUUGAUUUCCAUCAUUGGUCAAAUCUAAUGCUCCUCAUAGAGUAGUACUGAAGACCUGAUGCGCAAGCAGAGAUUGUACAUCCAGUAUUCACCAUAGGAAAAAGCAUUGAAUCAGUGUUUUCCUUUUGAGGGCUUCCAUGUCACAUGAUCAAGUUUUAGUCUUCCAGUUCCAUGGAAACACCUCUAGUGGCUGUCUAGUAGGUUUAUUUAACCCUGCAAUUUAAACUUGCUGUUUCUUAAAAUAAAAAAUAUAUAAAAAUAACAAACAAAAAAUCCAGUGUUUUACCAUUGUAGGGUUAAAUUGAGAUGAAGUGGCCUGGGUGAUUUUAGUGCUCCUUUAAGAUAGAGAAUCUCCAGUGUCUCUGAGCAAAUGGAAUUUGGCACAUACUAGAAAAUUAUGAUGUAUGUAGUGCAUUUAGAAAGUAUUCAGACCUUCAUUAUAAUUUUUUUCUUCACAUUUUAUUUUAAAUUUUACAGUCUAAUGCUACAGUUGUUUGUUUUUUUUUUGUUGUUUUUUUUCUUGACUCCAUAAUAAAAAAGCAAACAGAUUCUUGACACCAUUGCAAAUAUAUUAAAUCGAAAAUAACUGAACUAUUACAUUGACAUAAGUAUUCUGCACCAUAACUCCGUACUUAGUUGAAGCACAUUUGGCAUCUGUUACAAGCCUCAAGUUAUUUUGGUUAGGAUGCAACAAGAUUUGCCAACCUGUGCUUGGAUAGGUCCUGACAUUUAUUUCUGCUGAUCUUCUCAAGCUCUGUCAGGUUUAAGGGAAACCGUUGGUGGGCAGCCAUUUUCAGGUCUCUCCUAAGACGUUCAGUUGAGUUCUUAUUUUUGCAUGGGCUUCGCUGUAUGCUUAGUGUAAGUGUCCUGUUGGCAGGUGAGCUUUCAGCCCAGUCUGAUCUCAUGUGUUCAGCUUCCCUCAGUCCUGAACAGUCUCCCUGACCCGAACACUAAAAAAACACCCAAAAUCAUGCCUUUUUUGCUUUGUCAUUAUGGGAUAUUGAGUGAGGUUUGAUGUAAAAAAAAUAAUUUAAACAAUAGUAACAUAAGCCUGCAGAAUAAAAAACAAUGAAGGUGACUGAAUGAACAGUUAAAGUGUAAUGCGAGCUGCACCAGAGAAUAGUGCCAUUUAUUAAAUUCACUAACCAAGCUGAGCUGUAUCACCAAAACAUCUUCAAACCCCUCAGGAUAGGGUGACCAAACUGAUAGUCAUGAUUUGAAACUGUAAAAAGAUUUUGAAAACCAAAAAAAAAACCAUGAACAUUAAAUGGCUUACCUAGUCCAAUAUCCUGAUUACUUUUAUUUAUUUAUUUAUUUAUUUUUUUAAAAAUACAUCCAGUACUUUAUUUCUUCUCCGUCUCAUUUUGGAUUUUUGCUGUAGAUGGUGUGCUUGAGGUGACAGUAUUUUCAUCUAAACAGUUAAGAGGGACCGAUCAUAGGAAUACUGUCAACAGUACAGGCAGAUUUGCAUUUUGAAGCAAAACGCAUAUUCCAUGCAAAAUUUGAGUACGUGGGUUUUUUUAUUAUUCAGUUGAAAAAUGGUAUUUGCUUUUAAAUUGAAAAUGACGUGGAUAACUUGCAAAGUAUAAAAUUGCACGAGAAGUGACGUAAAAGCCCACAUGUAAUCUACUGCUUAGAGCUGUUAGUAGAGCAGAGAAAACCUGCAGGAAGGGAAAGAAAAAAGUUACAGAUCAGUCUUGAGACUAAUGAUCAAAUUGUGACUACUGCAAUUGUGAGAACACUAUAGCGUUAGAAUACCGGUUUGUAUUCCUGCUGCUGGAGUAUUACCCUACCUAUACAGGUGCAGAGGUACUGCCCUCAGACCAUGUCAUUGAGCUGAAGUGGUGUGGAUUCUUUUAAGAUAAGCAAAAAAAUCUAUUCCACUAGCAGUUAAUUGACUAACCAAUUUGCCAGCCUUCAUUAGGUGACCUGAUGGCUGGUAUCUAGGAAGGACAUACUCAGUCCAUUAUCAUUCUCCACAAACAAUUUUUUUUUUUUUUUUUUCAUCAAUUAGCACAAAUCUGUUUUCAUAAAUUUGCCAAACAGCUUGUCAUAAUAUUGGCAGGCACCAUCAAUCGUUUCUGGUUCAUUUCAUUUCAUUUUUUUUUUUAUUCCAUCACAAGUUGUCACAGCCAAAAAAGUGCAGAAACAUAAGACAGAUUCUUUCUUACAACACACAAUUUCUUUCAUAUUGCCACUGGUAAUUGAUAUGCAAACAGAAAAAAAAAACUUUGGAUGUUGCUCUAUCACCUAAGUAACGUUGUGUAAGUAAAUUCAAGAUGUAAAUUGCAUGUAAGGUCUCUGAAUUGUCCAAACAGGAAAAAAAAUGUUGCUGGCAACAUGUAAAUUAGACUCGGUGUCCACAGGAUGGUCUGUAUAAAUAUUUCUCAGGGGGAGACCUCUAUCCUACAUGGUAAAUAUUGUAUUUUUCUUUUACAUUUACUUGAUUUGCAAAUUCUACAGCAAGCUUUCCUAAUGAUACCUUUCUCUUUACUCCUGUUAGCGUAUGGAUUUGGGUGAAUGCACCAAGAUUCACGACUUGGCACUAAGAGCGGAUUAUGAAAUUGCAAGCAAAGAGAGAGAGCUGUUUUUUGAGCUUGAUGUAAGUGUUAACAUUAAUAUUUUGCGACAAGGGAGUAGUGGGAAAUUACUGUACAGUGGAAGUUUCAUAAUACUGGGAGGGCAUGAUAUAAAUUACUUAAAUACAAAUAGUAUGUCUGCUGAUGUAGUAUUUCUGUAUCUGCUUUUAUGAGAUUUUCACACUUCUGUGCCUACAGUUUAAAGAUAAUGAUGCAAUAAAUGUCUAGUAUGUGAUUAUCAAUUCAUGUUAAAGGUGAAUGUUGGUGUUGCUUACAUCGCCAGACAGCGAAUAAAUAUCCUCUUAACACCAAAACAACCUCAUCUUAAUGAAAUGUUUUAGUGCAUAGAUUUGUUUCUAUUGGACAAUUUAAAAUAUGUAUUUAUGAGAGAAAUAUACAAAAUGUUUGUCCAAAACCAUGCCUUAAAUGGCCUGACUGACACACUAGAGGAGCUUCUUAAUGAAGACUUUGAUUUUUCUUCGUACUGGAUUGUGAUGUUUGCAAACACAAUUUAUAGAAGAUUUUCAGUGUUUGAAAUCCCUUCCUCACAGUGCAUUACUGCUGUGCAAAAUGCUGGCGAGCUUGGCUGGGCCCAUUCAGGAGUUGGUGCAGCUCCUUAACGUGGUACGUUUUGGGGAGAUAGAAAUAUUUCCUCAAUCAGAUUGUGCAGCCAUAACCACUACAGUGUAAGUAGACAAACAUUUUUAGAAUGGUUCCACUUCUUAUAUGGGAUCCAUAUGGCACACCUAUCCACCUCCACUACGUCACAUUUGUAAACCCGAAACGUCUUAGCAGGAGCUUCCAUUAAGCUCUCUUGGGCUAAGCCCUCCGGUACCGGGCUAGUUCAUUGACUGAAAGUGACAGCGGAUUGAUUUCAGCCAUUCAGCUAUAACAUGCAAAUUUAAGAUUGUUUGUGAGCACCAGAACUGUAUAUUUGUACAGUGAAAACAUUUGUCUAAUAAAGUGGUAUGUGUAUAAUUCUCACGUGUCUAGAGCAUCUGACUGAGAUUUAAUAUUGAAAUGCUUAUAAUAAGUAUCUCAUAUGUGGUUCAAAGAGCUAAAAUAUGGAGCAAUCAUAGCUGAAGCAUAUGUCAUUCCUAGGCUAUGCAGACCAUAUAAAAUCUGUUAAAGAGACUGAACAGAUGAUACUCAUUGAAAAAAGUAGCAUUAAAGUAUUUUUUUUUCAAAUGUUUUGGGGUGUGGGUUUUUGACUCUUAUGUCGCAUAAACCUUUUUAUGGAAAACAAAUAAGAAAAUUCAUUGCUGUCAUUUGAUUUACCUCCAAAUUUUCUAAUUUAGGCGAUGGAUCAUUUGGAGUCCUUUAUUGCAGAAUGUGACAGACGAACUGAGCUUGCUAAGAAACGUCUUGCUGAAACCCAAGAGGAAAUAAGUGCAGAAGUUGCAGCUAAGGUAUUUAUCAUGUGAGGUCUCUGGAUUUUAAAUUCUGCUUUAUGUAAUUCCAUGGUAAUUUCUAUAUUUCCCCUUUAUUCUUUCCACUGCAUUUUUAUUACCAUAAGCAAAGUGACAGCUUUAAACUUUAAUCUGUUAGACAUCUGCAUGGAACAAUAUAAUCAAAUAGAAGGAAAAAUAUCUUCUGCCUAAUUUUUCCAUAUUUCUUUCUAUUCAUAUUCCUAUCUUCUGGUAUGUAUUUUUUCAUCCAUUUUUCCAUAUAGCAAUGAUGCUUUCCUUGCCUCUCUUUCUCUUAGAUUGGUGAUCUGCUUUAUAACGUUCGUUCUGAGUGGAUUUUAUAAACAAGCACCCAUUCAUUGGUAGAGAGGGCUCAUCUAACACUCAGCCAAUGGAUGAGUGACCGUAUCUGCAUCCAGCUUGUGCAGCAUCCUGACAUUUUUGAAGGCUUGGUAGGUGCUGGGAUGCAGGUAAGAGGCAAACCGAUGCAAAACGGUUUGUCCCCUUACUAGAGAAUAGCACCAGAUCCUCCUUUUUCUUUACUACAUUUUUUUUCUUUCUAGUCACUGGUGGUGUGUUUUUUUUUUUUCUUUCUUCUUUUUUUCUUCAGUAAUCUGAGAAUUGACAAGGGAAUUGUAAAUAUUAGGACUAAAUAAGCAGAGGAACAACAUCUUAGACUAGGCUGUUAAUAGUACUUCAGUAUGGAGUCCCAUAUUCACUUCUUCACAAUGCCCAGCUUAUGGAAUAACCACACCUUUAAAUGAUAUUAUUGAUUGUGCCUGAUCCUCUUGGUGUUUUUUUUUGUGUUUGUUUUGGUUUUUUUUUUAAUUACCGUAUAUACUCGAGUAUAAGCCGAGUUUUUCAGCACAUUUUUUGUGCUGAAAAACCCCAACUCGGCUUAUACUCGAGUCACUGUCUGUAUUAUGGCAAUUUACAUUAAUUUACAUUGCCAUAAUACAGACUGGGGGCUGGCAGCGAGCGCUUACCUCUCCUGCAGCUCCUGUCAGCUCCCUGCUCCUCCGCGCCGGUCCGGUCAGCAGCUCGGUCAGCUCCCAGUGUAAGUCUCGCGAGAGCCGCGGGGUCAUAGUGCGGCUCUCGCGAGACUUACUGUGUGAGCUGACAGAAGAGCUGCACGGACCAGCGCGGAGGAGGAGGGAGCUGACAGGAGCGGCAGGAGAGGUAAGUAACAGCUCUGCCAGCCCCCCUCCUCCCCCCACUGAACUGCCAAUGCCACUGGACCACCAGGGAAGGAGAGCCCCCCUCCCUGCCAUGUAUCAAACAGGGAGGGGGGACAACAAAAUAAAUAAAAUAUAUAAAUAAUAAUAAAAAAAAUAAUAUAACAAAAAAUUUAAAUAAUAUUAAUUAAUAAUAUAUAAAUAUAAUUAAUAAUAAAAAAUAAUAUAACCAAAAAAAUUUAAAUAAUAAAUAAUAUUAUUUUAUUUUUUUAUAAAAAUGCCCACCCCCCACCAAGGCUCUGCACACUGCAUCACAUACACACACACUGCAUCACAUACACACACACUGCAUCACAUACACACGCACUGCAUCACAUACACACGCACUGCAUCACAUACACACGCACUGCAUCACAUACACACGCACUGCAUCACAUACACACGCACUGCAUCACAUACACACGCACUGCAUCACAUACACACGCACUGCAUCACAUACACACGCACUGCAUCACAUACACACGCACUGCAUCAUCUCAUACACACGCACUGCAUCUCAUACACACACACUGCAUCUCAUACACACACACACUGCAUCUCAUACACACACACACUGCAUCUCAUACACACACACACACACUGUAAAUAAAUAUUCAAUUAAUAUAAUUUUUUUUAGGAUCUAAUUUUAUUUAGAAAUUUACCAGUAGCUGCUGCAUUUCCCACCCUAGUCUUAUACUCGAGUCAAUAAGUUUUCCCAGUUUUUUGGGGUAAAAUUAGGGGCCUCGGCUUAUAUUCGGGUCGGCUUAUACUCGAGUAUAUACGGUAAUCAUUUUUAGCUGUACCUAUAGUAACUAAGAAAUAACCUCUUUACCACAUAAGCAUUGAAAUCUAAAAACAUGAACAUAUGUUUCUACAUUUGGUCCUUUCUGAUAGCAUGUUUUGUGUGGUUUGGCACUGAGGAAAAUGUUGUGGUGAGGUAAAAAUAUGCAUUUCAUUUAUGCCCUGAUACAGAGCCUUUUAAAGUUACAAGUUUACAAAUAAAUGUAUGAUACGGAGAGAUAAUUGUACCAGCAUGUGUCAUCCUUCAAGCUGAGUUUUUUUUAUGUUUUGUUUUUUUCGCUUGUACUCUGCAUCAGUCGAUUUACUGUAAUAAAAAAAAAAAAAAGACAUCUGCUAAUCUUAUCUUUGGGUAUUUUGCUUUGUAGGCAGAAAAGGUUCAUGAGCUGAAUGAAGAAAUAGGAAAGCUUCUUGCAAAAGCUGAGCAAUUGGGAGCUGAAGGAAACGUGGAUGAAUCACAAAGAAUUCUCAUGGAAAUGGAGAAAGUGAAAGCUAGAAAGAGAGAAGCUGAGGUAGGUUGCAUACACACUCAUUCUUGUAAUCGGAAAUGCAAGAAAACAAAGUGCACUUGUAUGUAGUACAUUGAUAUUUCUUGACCACAUUGCAAGACUAUUCUCUCUAAAGUAUGUAUAAGAUUUAUUUGUGUAUGGAUAUUGGGCUAUUUUUUAUUUAUUUUUAUUUUUCCUGUGUAUUAUUCAUAAUCUUAACUUACAAAUAGAACCGUGGAUUUUCUAAGUAAAAUUUAUUUAUUUUUUAAACUUUUUUUUUUUACACUUGUAGGAAGAAUAUCGUAAUUCAAUGCCGGCAUCUAGCUUUCAGCAGCAGAAACUGCGCGUUUGUGAGGUGUGUUCCGCCUAUCUUGGACUCCAUGACAAUGACCGCCGUCUUGCGGAUCACUUUGGGGGCAAAUUGCAUUUAGGCUUUAUUCUGAUUCGUGAAAAACUGGAACAGCUGCGGGUAUGUAUUUGCUACUUGAACCUUUCCUUUGGUCUUACAUUUGUUUAGAAUUUUGUUUGGGUGGAGGGGAGGGGGGUUUAAGUUGCAUGUUUGCAAAUGUGUCACUUUGUUACCACAGGAAAGAUAAAUUCAAGCAGGGUUUGACUGAAAUGAGCAUAGUUUAACAUUUUGGACUAAGUUUGUGAGAUUGAUAACUUUCUGCUUUUCAAACACUAAUUCGAGAGAUCAAAUAAAUGGUGGCACUCCACAUGUAAAUAACAAAAAUAGCUAUUUACAUUUUUUUUUUAUUAUUUUUCUGUGCAGGAGUUACAAGCAUAUGUCAAGUGUCACAACAGCGGGAAUGGGCUAAACUCUAAUAUUGGCAAUGUGGCGUUCAGGAAUUGCACUUUUCUUUUGUAAAAACAUGUUUGAAACAAUCUAGGAACAAUUUUAGCAUGUAAUGAAAAUUAUACACGUUUAACUGAUAUCAAUAAAACAAUGCUAAAGUAGCUAGCGCAUCUUUGAUUCAAGCCAGGUUCAUAUGCAUUAUUUAUAAAACUCUAUAAGAUGAAAACCACAGAUGCUUAGUGUCCCACUUGUGUUGACCUAUGGUAGGGCAAUAACCUGAAAUACAACAUUGGGACAUGUAAUGUGUACUCCGCUGUUUUAAAAUAAAUGGGUAGCUAUGGCAUUCUCUGUAUGCAGGGGAGUACCUAGGCAACCACAAAGAUUUCAGGUCCAUCAGAGUCCCGCAGUGCUUGCGUCUCGGCCCCUGUCCUGAGUGGUCAUCUCCCAGGCUUGUACUAUAGGACCAUGUGUUGUCCCUGCUUUUGGGCAUGCAGGAGCAUAGUCCAUCUCCGGUGCAUGUCGUCCCAAUCAGCCGAUGCCGGCCCUUGAGGCUUGACAGGUGGGCCAUGGGCACUUGCGGAGUUGGUGCUGCGGCAAGAGUCCGCCACCCUUAUGUCCUGGAGAGGCUCCCUGCCCACGUCCUUCGCCAAUUGGGAGCUGUGUUGCUUUCCGGUAAGCCUCACGGCAGUCUACUCAGGCGUAUGAGGGCGAGGUUGUGCUUCUUUGGCUGGAGGACUCCGGUGUUGCUGAGUGGUAGGUGAAUUGUGCGAGCUUGGUCUCACUCUGGUAUGUGUGAGGGUGGGUGUCGGAGUCUGGGAGGCAUGUCGUCGUUCCCCGCCGUUUUGAGAUCCGAGGAUGGCACUGUCUGGGUGCUGCUCUGGCGGCUCGGGGUGGGCCUCUACUCAAGAGGCGUCGGGUAGCCGGGCGGAUCCAGGCCGCCACACUUUGCAUCGCCAGCUUGAAGUGCCGACCCUUUGUGUGGAGCGAUGUCCAGAGGUUGGUGCGAAGCUGGUAAAAGAAUUCUAGGGUGCACUUGGGUGGUUUGAAGAGGGUGUUUUGUGCCGCCAUAUUGCGUGGGCCCCUGUAGUCCCGUGCGUUUGCUGGUUUGGUCGCUUGGUUGAGCCGUGUUGUGGGGGUAGUCGUCCCCAGCGUUUACCGGGAUAUCCCCCUCCGGUCCAGAGGGGGGUUAGUGGGGCAACCUCCGAGUGAGACUUAUGAGCAGGUCCCGUGCCGGGGGAUCGGCCGCCUCCCUCAGGCUCCACUCCAGUGUGGGCCGCAUGGCCGGUAUGGGUGCUCGUUUGAUGUGUCGAUGCGGGACAGAUAUCGUUCUGUUCCCUGUGUGGUCCCGUAUCGGUUUUUGGGCACUUUGUGCUGCUGGCAUGGUUGGAUUGUUCGGGAUAAUCGUAUUUGUGCUCGUUGGCAUGAGAGCCCCCAUGGAGCACGUCCGGCCAUCUUGGCAGUCAGGCCCCAUCCCCAGCUAUUUAAAUUUUGUUAUGAUUUACAGCAGAGCUACAACAUCCUAAAUUGAUCUCUGUUCAAUGCUUUCUGAUAGUACUAGUACCUUAAAACCAACUUUUUAACCAGGAAACAAUCAUCUCACUGACACUUAAACUAGAUGUAGCAUCUGGAUCCAUAUAAUAAUCUGUAAUGACAAAGAAUCAAGCAUACUGUAUACACUUAUUAAUAUAGCAAACUUGUUCUAAAGGAAUCCUUGUCUUAUACAUUACAUAAAGUGUUUAUAUAUUAAUCAUUUGGCAGGAAAAUUGCAUUUUCUGAUUUCCUAAGUUGGUGACAUGGUUAUCAAUGGGAAUUUCUCCUAAACUCCAUAAAAUAUUUUGUAGAUAAAUAUUUAACUGCACUAAGCAAAAGGAUACAAAAUAUACUAGAUACAACUCUAUUUGUAUAUGGCCAGUCAUGUAGAUUAGACAGUUAUUUAUAUAAAUAUAGAUAUAAAAAAUUUAUUAUAAUUUUUGUUUCCAUUCCAGAGAACUGUGGCAACAAAACAAGAAAAACGAAACCAAGAUCGCUUGAGGAGAAGGGAAGAGAGGGAUAGAGAGGAUCGAGGACCAAGACGGUAUGUUUCUUGGAAGGUUGACAGCCAUAAUAUCAUAAGUUCAACAACAAAAAAAUUCCCUACGUAUUAACAUUUUUAAUUUUGUACAUUUCAUGUGUGAGAACUAAAUUAUACAGGUAGUUUAAAUAUUUUUGUAAAGGUUCUAGUGAUGUUGGAUAUAGUAAAAAUGUAAACCAUAGAAAAAUGAAGCAGAGAAUGCUAUUCUGAAAAUGUAGUGCUUAAUAAAAAUUGUCGUGAGGGAUAUUUUUUUUGGCACAGUUGACAAUAUCUUAAAAUCUUUUUUAGCCUUCCUUUUGGAUCAACCGCAUAAACGGAUGACUGAAUUUCUAUGUAACUAAUUACAGAAAUGGUGAAAAUAUAUAGUGUAAUACAACAAAUUAUAUACACUACAUUUUAUGUUUUGUUUUCCAUUUGGCUGAAACUGCACAAGUUCCAAAGAAAAGUUUAGGUGUUGCCAAUAGGCACAAUAAAUCAACAGAUCUAGAGCGAUAUUGGUAUUUACAUCUCACAGACCUCUGUGAAAUGUAAAUUUCUACAUAUUAUUGAUGGAGGUGUAAUUUCUGGUAGAAAGGCAGGAUACCACUUUUAGGUUCUUCAUAGGUGUUUCCUUUCUAUUUGGGGUAUGGUUAUAUUUAUCUGCAUUAUAGAAUGCUGUAGAUAGAUUCCAGUUUAGAAGGCUCUUCAAUAGUUUGGUGUUUUUGUUUCCAGGUCCAAGAGCAGGGAUCGUCGUAGGUAAGUCCCAUUUUUAACUUAAUUGUAUUAUCUUAACAGACCACUCUGGGCACCCAUAACAAUUUAAUCACAUUAAAGUUAUGGUUUAAGAAGGUCAUGGUUGCCUCUUACCUUAAGGGGUUAUACUAUUGAUGAUUGUUUUAAACAUAAAAUCUGGAAGAUUGCCUAAUCACAAUGACCCUCCUCUUCCCUGGACGGUCAAAGAAAGCUUCAGGUUGGGUGCUGCUGAUAGGUUGAGGACCUACUUCACUCACUGAGUGAGAAGCUAUUGAUAGGCUGACAGCAUUCGCUUAUGCAUUAAUCCUAUCAGCAGCAUCCAAUCAGUCUUCCUGACUAAAGCCUCAGACCUUAAGAGGAAGUGGAGGAGCAGAGCGAUCGGGCGUCUACCAGUCUUUGUGAUUAAAAAGUUAGUUAACGGUAUAACCCCUUAAAAUAAGGGCCUCCUCAUUUUUUUAUACUCAACAUGUAGUUGCCCAAGGUGGAAGAAGGUAUACUGGCAUAUUCUUUACAGUUGAUAAUGCAUGCUCUGGAAACCUUAUUCCAUCACUUAUGCUGUAAAUUUUUUUUAUUUUUAAAUCAGAUCAAGAUCCAAGGAGAGGAGGAGGCGCCGUUCUCGUUCCACAUCACGUGACAAGCGCAGGUCCCGAUCAAGGUCAAGGGACCGCCACAGACGCCAUCGCAGUCGUUCAGGCAGUCGCAACAAAAGUCACCGCAGUUCAAGAGAUAGGGGAUCAAAACACAAGUAGUUGUACUGAUAUUAAACUGUAAAAGGUAUUGAAUAUGUUUAACUGCUUUAAUGUUUUGGCAGAAUAGCGUAGUUUAUAUUGACAAUGUUUCAAAUAUUUCAUUUCCAUGUUAAUUUUUAUUACUUUUGAAACCAAUUAAAAAAGUUCUAUAUUGUUAUUUUGGUACAGAGCCCUUUUAGUGUUAUUUUUAUUUUUCAGUUUUCUUUUUAAGUGUCACUAUAUCAGAUAUUUGCUCUUUAAAAUGAAAAUACAGCUGCUGCAUGUAUAUUCUGAAAUUCAAGGCAAAUGUUGGCAAUGUAUAAUACAUUCAAUUUGUAAAAGAAAUGUUUCAUGUGUUUUAAGACAACCAACUGUCUACUGCAAGUCCAAGUAAUAGCAUUUGUCAUUUAAUGAACCCAAAUCUAACACAUACAACAUUAUGGAAAAUAACAUUGAGAUCCCAUAACAUGCUUUCACUAGCAAAAGCUAAUUGUACCCUUCCUAAUAAACGUUUGCCAUCUUUAGUUUCUUUUGAUACAUUUGUGGUGGUGUAUAUGAAAGCAAUCUUGGUUUAACCUUUUUUAGGUAAUUCUCAUUUAGGUCCCCACUACACAUUAAUUAUACUGUGAAGAAUUUCCGUGAUUAACUUAUGUUUGGCGGAUAGUUUCAGCUCUACUAUACUGUCCAUUAAAGUGAGGUUUAAUGGCCAACCAAUUGAAGAUCAGACUUCUGGUGUGAAACCGUUUGAAGGCUACUGUACUUCCUUAGUAAACACUGAAAUUUUAGUAGUUAAACUGAAGGGUUUUUUUUUUCCCCUCCUCCUUUCCUUUCGUUCAGAUAAUUAUACUUGAGGAUGCUUCUCUAAUUCUGUGCAUGAUGAAUGAAAACCCAAAGUCUUUGUCGAGGAAACACCUGUAGUGACUGUCAGUCUGACAGCCAUUAGUGGUGUAUAUUAGGCAAACUAUAAACAAUGGCAUACACUAGAAAUUUGUGUUUUAGAUUACCUUAACAAAAGGGACAUGGUCUUUGAACCACAACCUCUUCAUUAAGAUGAAUUGUUUUUCUUUUAUGCUUAGUGUCCUUUUAAUGCAUUAAGGCAGGUUAGAGAAAUAAAAUGUUGAGUGGAAAUUUAAAUCAGAUUGUAGAUACCAUGUAACUGAGAGUGCCAACAUACAAUGCUGGAAACUCAUUAGGUUUACCUUUGUGUGUAUUCCUUUGAGUUUAGCAACAAAGUGUGGUUGUAUAUAUACAGAAGUGAUCUUAAUACCAGGGAGGUAUCGUUUGUGAAGUUCUGCAGAUAUCUCUGGUACCUUACCCUUUUUAUUGGUCAGGCAUGUUAAAGAAUGCAAUUUCCAGGGGCUGUGCCUGUUUUAAGUUUAGGCAUGUCUGCCAACAAGAAGAGUGAGAUCACAUUCUAAAUAAGGUAGGUGGUGGUAGGUGUCUGACACCAGGGAAGAAUUGGGGAAGAUGUGACUAUAACAAAUUCUUUAGCGUGAUCUUAAAUGGAUCAGAAUGGUCUUAGUAGUAAUGGUAAUUGCUAACUGGACCCCAUGAAGAUGAGUAGGGCAUGUCUUGCUUUGGAAAGAUAAGAUCAUGCUGGCAUGGCCCUAAUCUAUAAGACAUCCUGUAACUCCAUUAUCCACAUUAACAGUGAGUGAGCGGAGCGUUAACCUGACAGCUGACCUAGCACUGAUGUGAGAAACACUCCUAUUACAAUAAAGGGAAAACAGGGUAGAACUUGUGUUGACAUUGGCUGCCAAGUCUCAUACUUGGUUUGUUUUGUUCAUUCAUUUGUCUUUGCACAACGAGUGAAUAUCUUAGAUAUUCCAUCUACAAGUAUUAGUAAUCCCAAACGUAGGCAUUCAUUGGUCUCUGGUAGGCCUUAGAAUUUAUAGGUAAGUAUCAUGUUUUUUUUAAUAGCUUUUUGCAAUUCGAUUAAAAAGGAUCGGCUUUUGUCUGUACAGCCCUUUCCUUUAAGUAUUUGUUUAAUAUUUACAAUAGCCCUACACUUUUAAAAGACUGUCACCACCUGCAAGAUUUUAUUUAUCUGUAUCAAAUUAUUCGGGUUUUAGCACUCAUUUUUCCCUGUCUUUCUUUCUUACAUGCUCUUGUUUCAGAGGGGACAGAGCUUGUCUGCAUUUUAGGUCAGCAGAGAUUGCACACAAAGGACCACUUAUGAAAGGUUUAAGAUCCGACUUCUUGGAGAUGGGAAACUUGAAAGUACUUCAGAUAACAUAUUUUGUGUUGCAUUGUAAAUAAUCAUUGUUCGACAGAUACAAAUAUACGGUUUUUACAUGCCGAAAACUCAUCUUUUAUAAACCUAAAUUUUUAUUGUUUGAAUAGCUGUGUUUGCUGAACUGUAUUCUGCUUGCCCUAAGUUUCAACAGUAGUGGAAGUACAAAUAAAGUAUUUGCCUAGUGUAAAAUUUUAUUUUGUGUGGGAUAUUUUAUUUUAAAAUAUUUAAUUUGUGAUAGUGCUGAACAUUACAAAGGACAUACACUGGUG